AUGUCUUUUGUGGGAAUUGAACUGAUAAUCUACAGAUUGCUUUAUGACACUCUUCAAUUUCUCACUAACCACCUUGUGGACUGUGUAACUCCUACCGGCAAGGUACUUCAACCUACUUUUCACUGUGGGAUAUCACCCUCUACAAAUGACUACAUAUUCGCUUCCUCAAACCUUGCUUCUUGUGCCAUUUCACACUCAGCAAACCCUCACUUUACUCAGCUUACUUCUUUGCAGAAUGAACUUUCUGUCUUUUUUUACAUCUUUGUAUCUACUCUCCCCACCUCCAAUUCUCUACAGACAAACUGGGAUUUAGUCAAGUCCGGAGUGACUCGCUUCAUUAAACAUUUCUCUCAUCAAAUCUCACCUUCCCUGUCCACUCUAGAAGCACAACUUCAAAAAAUUCUUGCUCUCUGGGCUGGCCGACAAUGGCCCAAACAUGGUGAAACUUCUGCAGGUUUCCUUAAACGCACCAUUGCUACAUGUCAGUCCAAAAAACUCAUCACCAGUCUAUACCAUCCUGUUACUGACUAUCUUUGCACUGAGUCUGACAGUAUGUCAGAGGUUGCUGCCGCCUUCUAUGAGACUCUCUGCUCUUUUGAGCCCAUUACUUCUGUUGCUUUUUCUCUUAACACUGUUUGCCAAGGUGCCUCUCAAUCUCUUAAUGCCAGUAGUUCUGGUUCCGAUGGAUUGUCAUACAAGAUUCUGUGA